AGCGUGUUAGGCUGCUCCCUUGGCUCUGGGGCUCGAGGCGGCGGUUGGGGAGGGGGGGAUUCGCGGAUUGAGGCAGCAAUAAAUUGCAUUUUAAUUCGGGUAUCGGAUCGUGCACUUGUGUCUAUAGGGGGUGGGCGUGGCCAGCGAGCGUUACUUGGGAUCGCUGCGGGCGCGGAUUACGUUGCCUGGUGGUAGAGUACGCUGUCUGCUCCGCCUCCCCCGGUUUUCCCGCCUCUUUUCACUCUUGGCUUAGACGGCCAUUAAUGUGAGGUUUUCCCGGGGAAGAAGGGAUAGCUGGGAUUUUCUCCCCCCCCCAUUUAUUGUAAGAGAACACAUACGCCUGGGCCUCCUAUCUCCCAACCCCCUCCUUCAGCAACCCCCACCCUCCUUAAAGCGGCCUCCCGGGGGUCUUAUACAAAGGAAGCCGCUCGUCCCCCUCAUCUCCCACCUCUUUCGCCUCUUGUCGCUGUUUAGUUCCAGCAGGAACCAUGUCCAGGCCGGUCAGGAACAGAAAAGUGGUUGAUUAUUCACAGUUCCAAGAUUCUGAUGAUGAAGAUUUUGGAAGAGUAUCCGCUCCUCCUCCUAAGAAGUCUCGGUCAUCUCCAAGAGAGGUAAAGGAGAAGAGAUCUGGCAAAAACUCACAGGAAGAUAGUGAAGAUUCGGAUGAGAAAGAAGUUAAGAAAACAAAAAAAGAGGGUGAUUCUGCCGAGGAAGACUUUGGCAGUGAUGAUGACUUGGCGGCAGCAGGGGAUGGAAAAGCAGAUAGUGACUAUGAGAGCCCAAAAAAGAGCAAAAAAGUGAAAAAAGCCACACCUGAAAAAAGACGUACUUCCAAAGGAAGGAAGCGAUCAGCUCAAGAUGACAGUGACGAUGAAAAGGAACAACGUAAAACUGUCCGUCAACAAAGACAGGCUGCAUCCAAGGCUGUCUCCAAGCAAAGGGAGAUGUUAAUGGGAGAUGCUGGGAGUGAAGAGGAGGAACAGGAGGAAGAAGAGGAAGGACCGUUUCUGGAAAAAGAUUCUGGGAGUGAUGAAGACUUCAUGGUGGAAGAUGAUGAUGACAGCGAUUAUGGUCGAUCAAAGAAGAAGAAGAAAAUUGUGAAGAAAUCUAAGCCUGAGAGAAGGGAGAAGAAAGUACCGAAGCCUAGGCUAAAAGCUACUGUAACGCCCAGUCCAGCAAAGGCCAAAGGAAAGAGUCGCCCUGCAGCAGCAAAGGCAUCAAAGGAAAAAUCUCCAUCACCCAAAGCUGAGGAGGAAGAGGAAGAUGAUGAGCCAGAGACACCACCCCCAGAGAAGAAACCUGCCAGCCCUCAACAAGAAAAGUCUGGUGACGAAGCAUCUGAUGAAGAAGCGCAGAGUACAGAAGAUUAAAUCGCUGGGUUGGGGGGUAAGGGUGUGAGGGUGAUUGUUUGGGGAGAUUUUAUUAAAAAAAAACACAAAAGUUAUAAAAAAAAAACAAAACAGACAGACUUGGUUUAGAACCUGAUUUAGGCUAUUGCUUGACUUUUUCACCUCCAACUCUGUCUUCAAUUUCUGUUUUAAGAGUUACAUAUGCGCUUUUCUAUUUUAUCCAGCAAAAGGUGAUACUUUUUGCCAUUUUUGGGGUUAAUGGUUGGUUGCUCCCAUCACCUGUUUGAAAUAAAGCCAUGCACAUUUUAAGUUUGCAUUGCUAAUAUAUUUUCUUUAUUUUUUCUUGUCAUUUUUUUUUGUUUGUUUUUUUACCUUCAUUAGAAUUUGAUCUGAAUGGUAAUCUGGAAAAUGGAAUAUUCUCUGCUGUUCAUUUGUAUGUGGUCAUUUCCCUCAGUAAUUAAUGGGAAGCUUUCCCAAUGUACCAUUUUAUAUAACUUUUUUCUUAAAUGUUCACAAUUUUUUAUGUAUAACGGCAUGGGUAUUUCCUUUGUCAGACAAUUCAGACCUUCAUGGGGAACUGAACUCCAGCAAAUGUUAUACCUCUUAAACAGAUGUAAGCUGUGCAGUGCUGUUAACCAAAUGUUACUGCUGAGGCUUUCAGUUUUGACUUGCCUGCUAAUGCAGGUAUCUAACAUCAUGUUACCUUUUUGGGUUGACAGUUUUUGAAGGUACUGACAAAAGAUGUGUAUUUAAAAUGUCAAUACAUAAUAUAAGCGACAUGUAAUUUUAAUUGUUGGAAGCCAUCUUAUAAAAGUAAUCUGUUAUACGUUUCAAUUUUCUCCUUUAUUGUAAAGAAACUGGUUAUAAUAUGAAAAUAAAUCAUGAACAUGCAGUUGGUAUCACAAAA